CUCUUCCUGUAAGCGGCCAGGGGUGACCUGUGAAGAUGGUUCGCUACUCUCUUGACCCAGAGAACCCCACAAAGUCAUGCAAAUCAAGAGGUUCAAACCUUCGUGUUCACUUUAAGAACACUCGGGAAACUGCCCAAGCCAUCAAGGGUAUGCAUAUCCGCAAAGCCACCAAGUACCUGAAGGAUGUCACCUUAAAGAAACAGUGUGUGCCAUUCCGGCGGUAUAAUGGUGGAGUCGGUCGCUGCGCCCAGGCUAAACAGUGGGGCUGGACACAGGGACGGUGGCCAAAAAAGAGUGCUGAAUUUUUGCUGCACAUGCUUAAAAACGCAGAGAGUAAUGCUGAACUUAAGGGUUUAGACGUGGAUUCUCUAGUCAUUGAACACAUCCAGGUGAACAAAGCACCUAAGAUGCGCCGACGAACCUACAGAGCUCAUGGCCGGAUUAACCCUUACAUGAGCUCCCCCUGCCACAUUGAGAUGAUCCUCACUGAGAAGGAACAGAUCGUUCCAAAGCCAGAAGAGGAGGUUGCACAGAAGAAAAAGAUAUCCCAGAAGAAACUGAAGAAACAAAAACUCAUGGCACGGGAAUAAAUUCAGCAUAAAAUAAAUGCAGAUCAAGUAAAGGUC